AAAUGUUCCAAGUUACGAAUAACUAAACUCGGGUCGACUUGUGGGAAAAAGUGGUGACGUUCCAUGUGCACGGCCCCUACCGAGUUGCGACUGCAUUCUCGGAUGGAUGAAAUGGUGUCAUUUUUUCGAGUUUGAUUUAAAGUGUGCCACUCUCAGGUCAGGGAUUGAGCCGAUAAAAGGGGUGGAUUUCCAAUUGUGCCGUGCAGUUUGGCGAAUGGCGACCAUGGCGACGCAAACUUUGAGUCCGGCGGUGUCACUUUGUUCGAAUUUUGCGGUGUUUGACACCCCAAGGCGGGGUGAUUUUUGGGGAGAAAAUAAAAAGUGGGGGGAUGAAAGUUUAAUAAAUUUUUUGCAUAAGGGGCCAGAAAUUUAUUUCGGGGAUGAGUACAAAGUGAGGAGGAAGGCGGGGAAAGAUAAGAUUUUUGGGAGGCGGCCGCCCCCACCGGGCCCGAUGAUUCAGCAGACGGUGAAAGAUCAGGAGUUUGAUGAUUUUCAACGCGCGAAGGCAUUCGGGACUCUGAUCGCCGUAAUGGGUUCGUCCGGUCUGAUCGUGCCCCUCCUGACGGCGGCACUUUUGCCGUUCGAGCUCCUCAACUCGAACCUCCUCCUGGCCAAGUCGCUAGCCCUGCUCGCCAUCCCGGUCGGGGUGAUGAGCUACGGGCGAAGUUUGAAUGACCACCCCGCCACAAGUUCCCGCCAGAGGAGGAGUCUCCUCUUAAUUCACCGCUUGUUCAAUCCUCCCCCCACUGCAGGGCUGGGUCGAAAUGGGACAGCAAAUUCCACCGAUAAUAACGUUACGACAGCGGCAACCCCGCUAAAAUCUGGUGAGGCCGAUAUUCCCGCCAGUACGACGCCACAGUGGCAGCAGCAGUGCCUUCAACGCCUCGCCUGUCAAGGGUUCCGACUAGAACCGCUGCCCGUAUUCCUGUUCAGGGAGUCGCUAAAACUGCGGGGAAAUUCGACCUCCGCCGGGGUGGUUCCGCUGCCCGGGGAAAUGGGGCGGGCCGCCAUCCAGCGGUACAAGAAGGGCGGGAAGAGGAAGAAUUUGGCGAAGUAUGCCCUCGGCAAGAUUAACGGUAAAGGGGCACCCGGCAAAAAGGGCGCGAGUCAGGGUGACCUUCCAGAAAUCCCGCCCGAUCUGGAAGGUUGGUUCAACCCGCCGCCAGACCCGCCAAUUACGACGACGACGCUGAAACCGAGAACGACGACGGAGGACGACGUCACUAUGACGACGGACUGGGCGGGAAUGAAGGACGAUUUGGCGGACGGCGUGACAAAUCCUGGCGUGGAGAAGAAGGUGACCACGAAUCGGCCCGCCUUUUACAGGGUGACUUCCCCCACGACGACGAGGGAGGAGACGUACUACCCGACGCCGAAUCCCUGUCUGAGAUUUAAGUGUUCGUUCAUGGAUAGUUAGUAUUUUUGGGGGUGUUUGUAUUUAUUUGAAAUUUUAAUAAAUUUCUGACGAGAGGAAAUUAUUUCUGGUUCAGUUAAGAUUUUAGUUGUGCAUUAUUAUAUUUUGUACCGCUGUUUUGAGGAAGAGCAUUAUGGAAUUUUUGGAUUUGGUGUGAAAUACGGGGAUAUUUGUAUCCUGUAUUUUUUGAAUGUUGCCGCUUUGCUUAAAAUAAAUUGAGUUGGACCCAUC